UAGACCGCACUAGAAUGCAUUAGUCAAAUCUUCUUCAAAUGUCACCUAUCCAGUGCAUCCCACUGCAUCCCAGUGUGCCGGGUAUCUUUCUCGUUGGGUGAGAUUUCUCAGUUUCUGGUUUCUGGGCCGAGGAUACUGCUAUCACAUCCCCUGCAGCAAAUCAUCAUCACGAAUGGAAACGCAGGGAAUCCGGGCACUCCAAUGGCCAUGCCCAGUUUAGCGUUCGCAGUCCUUAUCGCGAGGCUGACCGGGGCCAGAGCUGCAAUCUGCAAUCACUGACACCAAAGAAAGCCACUGCACCGAAGCUGGCGAUUCUCGUAGAGGAUAAGUACUUCGGCCAUGCCGUGGCGGAUCAAAAUGUUGUCGCUUUCUACCUUGCUCCAGUCUUGGCUUAUUUUGACAUCUUUGAAGCUGUAGAAUACUCAGCACAUCAUGGCAGAGCCUGAACAUGGACUCGCGAGACACGGUUCGACGGUGGAGGAGCGGGAUGAGGAGUUGUUGGCCGAGUUGGGAUACAAGCAGGAGUUGCGCCGUGAUUGGGGUUUGAUGCACAAUUUUGGCAUCUCAUUCUCGAUUAUCUCCGUCAUUACGGGUAUCACGACUCUCUUCCAAUAUGGUCUCAUUACUGGAGGUCCAGGAGUCAUGAGUGUAGGAUGGAUUGUUGUAUCGUUCUUCACUUUGAUUGUUGCAUUGGGAAUGGCUGAAAUUGUCUCGGCGAUUCCCACUGCUGGAGGGCCAUAUUAUUGGGCUGCUAUUCUGGCACCUCCUAAGCACUCUGCUUAUGCUUCAUGGAUUACUGGCUGGUUUAACUUCCUCGGUCAGGUCGCCGUUACAACCGGUAUUUCCUUCGGUCUCGCAGGACUCAUCUCCACAACCGCGACAGUCAAAUCCUCCUAUGUACCGACAGCAGGAAGGACAAUUGGCAUCUACGCUGCGAUUCUCAUCUCCCAUGGCACAGUCAAUACAUUCGGUGUACAUAUCCUUAGAUACCUCAACAACACAUCCAUUGCUCUUCACUCCCUAGGAGUAACUGCAAUCGCUAUCGCCGUUCUUGCCAAAGCUCCUACUCAUCAAUCUGCAAAGUUUGUUUUUGCGAGCUUCUAUGAUGGAACCGGAGAUCCAGGCUGGAGUGUUCGUGCUUCGCCAGCAUACCUGGCUGUUUGUGGAUGCUUGAUGAGCCAGUAUACACUUACCGGCUUCGAUGCAUCAGCUCACUUGUCCGAAGAAACUCGGAAAGCUUCCUGGUCUGCCCCAAUUGGCGUGAUAUCAUCGGUUGGCUUCAGCGCUGUCUUUGGCUUCUUCGUCCUUAUCAGCUUCUUGUUUUCGAUUCAGAACUUCGACAACACUGUUGGCAGCUCGUACGAGCAACCAGUCCUUCAGAUUUUCGUUGACGUCUUUGGUGAUGAUGGCGCGGUGGUGUUGAUGUGCUUGAUCAUGAUUUGUGUCUGGCACUGUGGUCUUUUCUCCAUGACCAGUAACUCCAGAAUGAUGUUUGCGUUUUCUCGAGAUGGUGGAAUUCCACACUUCUUCCACAAAGUCGAUGACAGGUUUCGCUCCCCAAUUAGAACGGUAUGGCUUGCUGCUUUCCUCGCAUUCUGCCUCGCCCUUCCCUCCCUCGGCAGUUCCGUCGCUUUCGCAGCUGCUACUUCAAUUGCUACAAUUGGAUUGUAUAUCUCCUACGGCAUCCCCAUCCUCAUCGGCUUGAUCUAUGCGUCCGAUUUCAAUGCCCGAAAAGGCCCAUUUAACUUGCGAAUGCUCUCGAGACCAGUGGCCUUCAUCGGAGUGGGCUGGAUUGCAUUCAUCACGAUCAUCUUCUGUCUCCCAACCACGAAUCCCGUUACCAGUCAAACGUUGAACUACACUGUUGUGGCUGUGGGCAUUAUUGCUGUCUUCUCGAAUGCAGUCUGGCUUUUGUCUGCGAGGAAAUGGUUUGUGGGGCCAAGAAGAGAAGUUGAGGAGGUGGAAGCACUUGGAGGUGGAGUAGAUUUGAUGGAGCCGGGAGCUUUGGAGAGGGCAGAAGAAAAGAUGAAUGGAAAGAAGGAGUAGUAUUGGGUCUUCUCUGUAAACUAUGACGUUGGAGAGUGUGUAUAGUCAGCGAGAAAUAGAUACCCGAACGAAAGACACUUGAUAGAAUGCAACAUUUCUACAC